AUCGAUCAGUCGCGUGGUAGCGGUGGUAGCCCGUCGUGUCAUGGAGGAUCUCCUGCUGCAGAUCGUCAGGGAGUCGAACAAUGCGAGGCUACAAAAUCUACGAAAAUCGGCGCAGGAGGCGCACGAUUUUCUGGAGAAGCAGCAGGGCUUGCUGCGGGAUCCGCCUCACGAACUGCGCGCCAAAUGCUUACACACGUUUCAGCUAGCACUGGAAACCAACAGGAGCAAGUUCGUCGCCUUCGGGCUCUCGGGAUUGCACAAGAUGCUGAGGGACGACAGGUUCCAGUCGCCUUACGAACCCGAGGACGACUCGCUCUGGCUGCCCGCGCAGAUGCUGCACGCCAUGAGCUCCAUCGUCUCGCAAUCCGACGACACGCAGACGGACAUGCUGAAAGUCCUGCUGCAAGUCGCCUGCUCCUCUUACUGGACCAUGAACGGCCGCCUGAUCAUCGCUAUACUGACCACGUGCUGCGAGGCCUUCGAGAAUGGGAAUCAGGCAGUACGGACGGCCGCACAGGCGGCGACCAGCCAGACCUUGCGGUCGUUUUGUCUCUUUCUAGACGAGGAGUGCCAGGAGAUGGACGAGAACGCCAAGCGGAACAAGAACGUGCGCGAGAGAGGCGUGUCGUGCUUCAACGAGGCCUUGCCGAUCCUGCAGUACAUCUGCAGCAAGCUGGACGAGGCACAGAAGAAAUCCUGUUCUAGCAAUGGUAGAAACGGCAACACCGUGGUCUUCCUGCUGGAGUGCCUGCACACGCUCAUCUCCUCUUUGCCGCAGAAGAUCCACACCAACGCGCACUUCACCACCUUCCUGUGGCAGAAGUUCUGCCCGGCCUUGAUAGCCUUCCUCGGCACGCCGCGGGUCGACAAGACAUUUACCUCGCGGGAGGGCAAGGAGAACGAGGUCGGCAGAGGCUCCGGCUACUUGGCCACGUCCUUGAGUUUCGACAGUCACCAGGCUAAGACCGUUUACAGCAUCGGCACGGAAUUGGUGAGACUAGUAGGAUGCGUUGGCCCGCUGCGGCCGGUCUUGGAGUCGGUGUUCCACAGGAUGCUGCUGUACCCGCCGCCGCAGCAACGUCUGGAGCCUCUGAAGGCGUUGAAGGAGCUGCUGCGCAGUCCUAGCCGCAUGGUCGAUUUCGCCGGACCCCUGCUGGUGGAGGAAGACCGCUCGAGCCACAUACAGAGUGACAUGGCACUGAUGAGACUCGCUAUGGACUCGAUCGAGGAAUCAACGGCCGGCGGGUUGGCUAUACUGCACGCGAGUGUCUUCUGCGUUGUCGCCAUGCUGUCGGCGCUUCAGGAACUUUGCGAGGGCAAGGCCAUUAAUCACAAUUACACGUGCACGAUCAAUAGCUUGUACGAGGACCUGGAAUCUUGCGACUACCGCGGACCUUUGACCUACCAGAGCAUGGCGCGGCUGCCAAAAACAUAUAGGGAGCAAUUGGAGUUAAUGAAGAAGGGCAUGGGCUCGGAUUCCGACUCGUCCGGGCACGGGCCGUCGGAAGACGGCGACUCGACGGACACCGAGGGGCCGCAAAACGAGUCGGACGAGGUGCAGGAGGAGAACAGCCUCGACGACAACGAUUGCACGAUGGAGAACGAGUGCGAGAGGCUGAGACUGAGGAAAUUGCCCAAGUGUCUUCACGUGGGACGGCAGGUGGCUGACGAGUGCAACGUGGAUGUGGAGCGGCACAACGCCAGGCGGUUCGUGAGGACACUCAGGUCCGAUCUCAUACCGAUGGCGCUCACCCUGAGGAGCAACAUAGAGGUGGACGAGGCGCUGCAGAAUUUCGCUUCCGAAUAUUGUCAAGGGGUGUUCGCGGCUCAGCAGAAAAUGCAGGAGCAAAGCGACGCCAGCACAGAUUCGUGCGCGUUAAUCACAAUCAUGAACGCCGACGGGAUUUAUCUGGCGACGUACGCGGCGCUGCUUCUGAAUCUGAAGCUGAUCCGCAUCAAUUAUUACCACGAGGAGGCCCGGCAGGUGCCAGUCAGCGAGGAGCAAUUUGUGGAGGAGGUGCACGGAUCGGGAGUGCUGGUUUAUCUCUCGGCCACGUGGCUCUCUGAAUUGUAUCAACAAGUGCUCGCGUGCAAUUUGCUGGAGAGGUGUGGCUACAAUCCCAGCUCCACGGAGAACAACGCGUUGGUCAACGUCCUCACGGACGUGGACGGCAUACCCGGCAGCCAAAGAGGCGGACAAUUGCUCUCCGAUUACAUCAGACUGGAACGAGCGCAGCUUUCACGAAGCGAGCCGACUCCGGAAGCGGAGGCUGGCGCGAAACUCUCCAGGAGAGUGCUGACUUGUUGCUGGGGCAGCAUGAUGACGGUCCUCUCGACGGGGCUGAAUCCUCCCAAGGAGGACACCAACAAAGGCAUCCUCAACAGAGACGGCAGCAGAAGAGGAAUUCGGGACACGGUCGUCUUGGCGCUUGAGGGUCUUCAUAAAGCCGCGACGUUGAGCAACAUACUCGGUCUGCAGAACCGCUGCGGCUCCAUCUUCGCCCUUCUCGCCAAGGCCGCCUGCACGGAGCAGUCCAUCUCGAGGAUAACCCGUAAGAAGGACGUUCUCCGGCUGAAACUGCAGAACAGGGCGACUAAUAUCCACACGUCUCACGCGCUCAGCAUGGACGUGCUCCUGGGGAGAGGCUUGGAGCUCGGCAGCCACGGUAGUGACUGUUGGCCGCACGUUUUCACAUGUUGCCUGUACGUGAGCAAGCUGGAGCACGAUUUCUUCGGCAAGAACCAAAACCCGUCGCUGCCCAAAGCUCAGCAGAAGAAGGAGAAGAAGGACUCGGCGAACGGCGACGCCAGAAAUGGUCAAGAUAGGCUUCGAUUGAACUUCAAUAUCGUCGAUGACGAGGAAUCUUGCGUGGACGUUUACAGCUUCCUUUCGAGCCCUUACACGCAGAACCCCAGCUCGGACACGAUCCCGGAGAUUAUCCAGGAGUCGAACGCCGACAGUCAGUUCAACGGCAUUCUGCCGGCGGACUACGCGGCCAAAAUCAUAUGCGUGUUGUCGCAGCAAGUGGACAGGCUCUUCGAGGACGCGGCGCUCAAGCUGAAUCUGAGAGCGCUCUGCUCGUUCCUCACGGCCCUCUGCAAGGCCAGCAAAGCGCAAUUGUUCAAGACCACCGACGGUUGCAAAGACAAUAAGAGAUUCUGGUGGAGGAGAAGUAAACCGAGGGAGAACGAGAUGAACGUGCUGCUGCUGGCUCGCUUGGGCGAAGUUAUGCUGAAGUGUGUGAAGAGCGGCAGACCUCUGAUUCAUAUAAUGGGGGUGUGGAGCAUCUUGGGACCACACUUUAUGGAAGCGGCUUGCCACGAGGAUCGCAGCAUCUCGAAGAAAGCGGUCCAAUGCAUCCACGACUCCAUGGCGGCCUUGUUGAACGAGCAGAUAGAGCUCCCGCACUUCCACUUCAACGAGGCGCUCUUCAAGCCCUUUGAGAACCUGCUGUGUCUCGAGCUCUGCGACAGCGACGUGCAGGAUCAAAUCGUCAGCUGCAUCUGCGAGUUCGUCGAGACGAAUCGCACCGAGAUCCGCUCGGGCUGGCGGCCGCUCUUCGGCGCGCUGCGAGUCGCGUCGGUCGGCAACUCGGAUUCCGUGGAGUCCGCGCCGCUGCUGGAGGUCUUCCGCGUGUUCCUCUCCACGGACAACACGCUGGUCUUCGCCAACGCCGCCCUCGAUUGCAUCCUGUGCCUGCUGAGGCACGUGAGAGGUAUCGGCGACAACGACGGCCAGCCUGAUGAGCAGGAGCAGGUGAACAUCGAUAGCGCGGAGUCGCGGCGGAUGCGGCUCUGCGUGGAGAGCCUCAAGUACUUGCUGAGCUGCAGCGACAUCCUCUCGUCGAUGUACCGGAUGCCGGCGUGCCCGAUCUUCCACUCGGCCCAGCGGAUCCACGUGUCGACGAUCCCGCAGUACGUGGACCCGAUCAUCCCGAACCUCGAGCUCACCAGAUUCGACAAGCACAUCGAGACCAUGCAGGAGGUCAUCCCGGAGCGUUCGUACGACGUGCUGACGCCGUUGAUCGACAAGGACGCGCACUCCAUCGCCACGUUGCAGAGUAUGGACAAGCCCAGCGGUAUCCUCCGGGUAUGGUACAUCCUGAUCGAAGGCUUGGCCAGCGCGACGAUGAUCUGUCCGAGGCGUUACCAACCGCACACCCUGGAGACCUUGUUCCACCUGCUGCGCGACACCCUCAACGUACCGGGGCCAGCGUUCGGCCUGUACUGCGUGAACCACCUGCUGUUGCCGAUGGUGCAGAACUGGCUGAGGAAAACGUCCAAGAUCUUCCGCGGAUGGGACAACUUCGCGCCCAACUUCAAGCAGUGCUGCGGCCUCACGACCGAUCUCGUGGUGGAUUACCUGACGCACUUGCAAGGCCCGGAGGUCGCGAGGAACGACGCUUAUUUGCCGGCCACGACGCUGAUGUUGAAACAGCUGUUACUGGUGAUGGCGGAAUGCGUGGUUCAGCCCACGGAGAGCAUAGCUCGUCUCGGUUGCGCUUGCAUCAGGCACAUACUGGUGAGCAGCGGGCCGCUCCUCACCCCCGAACAAUGGGAGGUCUGCGGUGUCGCGUGCUACCGCGCCUGCUCCAACUCGCUCCAGGAGCUGCACCAGCUGACCAUGGCUUUCUCGCCCAGAUCGGAAUCCUUUUACGGGGACGUCGCCCAAGUGAAGGUCGCGGCGCGCCGGGACGCGACGCCGGAAGAAUCGGAACGGCUGCGACAGCUCGCCGCACAAGUGUUCCUCCUGGAGGAACAGACGCGCGUCGAGGAUGCGUCGCGGCCGUCCGACGAGAGGUCGUACGUGUUCCUCUUGUACCCGCCCGCCGUAGGCACCACGCUCAAUCCCGAUCUCUACAUCGUCAGGGUGCAGCUGCGCGCCUUGGUGGUCGGGCUGCUGGUCCACCAGAUGCUGCUGCAUUGCAUCGCGAGCGUCCUUCUUCAGGGCGCUGGCGCCUCGAUUUCAAGCCUGUCUCACGUGAUCCCGCAUUCGACGCCGUGCAGCUCGCCCAAUCCGGCCAAACGGGGCUACCUGUCGCACCUGAGCCCGCAUCACGUGGAGAUCUUCCUGUCCGCCUUGGACCUGUCCUACGUCGCCGCGCUCAAGUUCGACUGCCGGCCCGGCCUCAAGUUCCUCGUGCAGAAGGUGGCGAAUCUCGAGCAACCGGCGAAUCUGUAUCGCCAGGCGGCCGCGGCCUGGACCAUCAAGAUCGUCACGCUGUUCGAGCUGUGCCUGCGCGAGGUCGAGGAACUGCACGCCACCUUGGACCUCGUGAAGACCAUCUUGGGCACGGGUCUGAGCGACAGGGAGUGCGUCUACGACGUGAAGCACCGCAAGCUCACCAAGUACCUCCGGCAACUUCGCACGACCUUCGACGAGCUCUGCGAGACUUACGUCGAGGUGGUUCUUGACGCAGACGGCAAGUACACCAAGGUCGACAGUUUCUCGGAGAGGAAAAUAUUCCUGCUGGUGGCGCAGCCUGACGAUUACCCCGAGAUCACCAGGAAGGAGCCUAUCGACGACCGGGGGGUCGUCACGAGCACUCCGGCGUCCGUCCUUCCGCCGUCCGAGGAGAAUCGUGGCGUUCGCGAGGAACUUCGGCUGGACGACGAAGAGGAGCAGGACGAUCAGGACGACGUCGACGUGUACAAUCCGAACUUGGACGACGAGAGCGGCUUGGAGGAGCUCGGGGCUGAAUGCGAGAACGACCCGAGACCCUUCAGGCUGUCGGAUCUCGCCGCGGAAUACUCCACCGACUCUGGUCCACAGUCUGAGCCGGAAACGACGGAUGAUUCCAGACCGGUGUCCAGGCUCGGAUCGGUCACGGAGAAGAUCGUUUAUCCUGACCGCUCUGGCGGAACCUCGAGCGAGGGUUACAUCGACCCGAAGUUCGAGUCCAUGACUCCGGCGCCGCCCAAGAUGAUGUACAGUCGCGACGAUCUCUGCUAUAAUCUGGACUCGCUGUGGAGGACGGAGUCAGUCGACACCUCGAGGACCUCCAUGGCGGACGCAAAGGCGCUCGAUCGAAACGCAUUCUACGACCAAGAUUUUUUCUACCGGAAGUCGUACCCGAGGAGACGCCGCAGUGACGUGAUCCUGUCCCUGAGUGUCUUCAGGGCGGCGGAUCUCGAGAGCACGGACAAUUCUUCGAUGUUCGACUCGGCGGACGUGCGAUCGCGCUCGUUGAUGGAACUGCGAAGCGCCUCCGCUUGGACGACGUCCGAACCCGCGGACGAGCCUCGUGAGCCCCCGGACGGUGUCAAGCCGCUGGAGGACAAGAAGAACUCCAAGUCCUCGCAGAUCCUCGACAAUAUCGACGAGCUGCUGCGCGACUACGAGCGUAGCAAGCGCGGCUUUAGGACCAAUCCGUUCUUACGCGAGGAGGAGGAGGAGGAGGAGAAACUUGCGAGCGAGAGUCAGCAGGCCGCCAGCCAGGAAGCCGAGUUCCAGAGGAGGAACGUUAACAAGGACAGCGAGGCCCACAGGAAAGCUUGGGCGGACACUUUGGGUACCGCGCUGGAAUGGGCCUUGGCUCUACCGUUGUAUGAUAAAUCGAGUUUUGCAACUCGCCCGCUAAAACUGGAUGACUCUCCUGCAGGACGAGCAAUUGGCGCCCCUGCUUCCGGUACUCGUGAGCGGCGUGCGAAUGCUGACCAGGCAUGCCGUGGAUCGUGGCCUGAAGCAACGUCUGUCGGCUCUGUUUCACCGUAUCGCCGUGCUUUAUGGAUUGACAAAUAAUUAACAGCGAUCGCGGGUAUCGUCGAGCGCGCGACCGCAGCCUUAGUUGCGACUUGAUCUUCGCGCGGACGAGCGAAGAGACGAGAAACAAUUUGAUAUGCCCGACGUAUUGUUUUCCAAGUUCUUAAUUACUGCUGUGAUGCGAAUGUAAAGCCCGCGGGAGAGGAACGAAGAAGGGGAGAAUUCAUUGUUCACAUACCGGUUAUACAUAUUUUCUUCGCGAUGCUCGACCGAGUCGGGACUGAGCGCGAUUCUCUCUCUCGAUUCGCGCUUGCGAGGAAAAAACGUGACGUCCCGUUUUCGCGCGCGCGCGCGCGCGCGGAACUCUUAUUUUUUCCGCGCAUGCCGACGCGUCGACACCAGGAGACAAGGAUUUUAUUUACGAUCCACUCCGCACGCACAUCUCUCGAUUCUCAUUUUAUGCUCUUUGCACUUAACUGUAGUUUGCGGUCCGGUCGUAGUGCCGGGUGUACCGGAUUUUUGCUUCCGACGCAAAGCUGGAGAGAACGCGCGGACGCGAUGCGCCCCGCCGCCGCGCGACGUCGGGUCAGUUAUCCUGGCGCGCACUUGCCAAAAAGGAAGGAGGGAAAGGACACGGUCUCUAGAAGUGAAAAUUCGUUUUUUACGCAGCUUCCUUCGCGCUAGUGCAAUAGGUCUCAUCGCCGCCAUUGACGACGGCGGGCCAUUAUUCUCUCUCGUAGACAAGAGGACGAUAGUACGGAGGAUCUCGGCGAGAAAUUAGACGGGGAUUAUAUUCCUUACGAUUAGUGCUAUAUAUUUUAUUGUAUAUAACGAGUCCGCGAUCCGUGCGUUUGUUCGCUUUCCUUUUUUUCUGGUUUGUAACACAGUAAUGAUUCACGUUGCGUUACGUUCCGUGUAGCUGGUGUUGCUCGUUGAUUCAAUUUAAAUAUUUCUCGUUCCCGUAAACGAAGAAGUAGAGAUAAUAACUGAACGUUGAUGUAUAUAUCAAAUAUUAUAUCUGAUGUUUCCCGAUAUACGGUGCAUUCCAUAAAUGUUGUAAAUGUUGUUGAGCAUCAGAUGGUUUAAGAGUAUAACGGAGGGAUUAAUAAUUGAUAAUAAAACGUGCCUAUGUACCCCCUGUUUUUCUCCCAAACAAAUACGUCUAUAUAUAUAUAUUGUGUGUGUGUGUGUGUGUGUGUAUGUGUGUGUGCGUGUGUGUGUAUACAUAUAUAUGAGAAGUAGAAUGAAUGCGAAUGCAAUUCGGGGGAUUCGUUUCUGCGUGGAGCAACGCGGCUGAGAAGCUGCGCGUCUACGACGAAGUCUACGAGAAAUACACGGUAUAUAUGGCAGUUCAAGUGACAUGUAGCCGAGCUGAGAUGUACGAACGUUAAUAAAUGAAUUCUAAUAUCCGAGUAUUA